AUGACAGAAGCAGAAGAGCUAUCAGUUGCUUUGGGACUACACGACUCGGACGCGGAGGAGGAUGCUCUGGCUCAAGAUUGGUCAGAGAUGGCAAAACUCGUCAAAAAGGCGAAUCAGCAUGCCCUUCCGCGACGGGGGGAGAAGGACUACGAGCCUGAUGGGACAGACGCUCAAGCUCUGCUGCUACAUACAGCUAAGGAGACAAUGUUUGGGACUCUUUUAAACUCGGUGCGCGGAUCUACAGUUAAAACCUUAAUCAAGGCGUAUUGGGAAGAAGAACAGCGAAUGGCAAGGAUCCCGAACGCACGCGGUAGCUUCACAAAUACUAUGGGGAAAGUAGACAAGCACGGCCAAUGCUGGUUACAGUUGCAUGAGUUUGUCUACCUGGUGGAACGUGGCACAGUUUCACCUUAUCUUGCAUUAACCGUGGGCGAUGAGAAGAGCAAUCAUGAAGAUGUUCUGUUAUCCGUGCAGGAUGUUUACGCGCUCUUCUCGUCUACGGAGGAGCUGGAUGAAUUUUUGGUGUACGCUCACCUAAAACGCCUGGGGUUUAUCGUAGUGUCUACUGACAAUCCACCGGCCCAUGUCACUAGUUUCUACCCACCGUUAUCCCAGAAGAGUUCCGCCAGCUCUAAUUGGUUCUGUCACAUUCAUUCGUGGCUGAAAACACCACAAAACCUCUUUCAUGUUCCACUCUACCAUCCUCUCCAUUUUCUACUGCAUCGGUACACAUCUUCUCCCCAACUAUAUGAGGAGCUGAGCCAGCAUAUUCCAUUUAAGAAAGUUCCCCAUGAUAUAAAUGAGCUUCGCGAGGAGCGAAAUAAUGGUAUUUUGAAUCCUAAUGUCAAGCAGUGGAAAAUAGCAUUUAAUGUCUGGAAACCCAAAUCUAGCUUCAAGAAGAAGACUCCCGGUUUGCCUGACUUUCAAGUAGUGGUUUACAAUAAGGACAAUGCGGGCCAACAAUUUCCUACUUACGAUGAAUUUCGUAGCAUAUUCCACCGUCUUGAUUACAGAUUUGACUUUUUAAAUGAGUUGGAUGUGGAUGACUCGGCAUGGGAUGACUACACGUAUACCGACGGUAUGCCGACUCGCGAAUUUAUGCAACGCAACAAAAUAGCGCCUUCUCAACCUCAUUCCGGAGGAGAUUCUCGCAAGAAGAAAGCCCGGACAUAUCCACAGCAUAUUGCACAGAUACGCCGUCUCAAGAGCGGUUUCAAGAGUUUUAUACUAUCCGUGAUAGACGAUGGAUUAGUGAGUUUCGUGAGAAUCGCUGAAUCUGAUUUUGGAUCUUCCAAUAUAUGGUAUACUCCGCCCUCGCAAACGGGUACUACCAACAACAGAACUAGAUCAGACAAAGUUGAUGUUUGA